GUGACUGGGAGCAAGGUCCUCAGACACUCUGGAGAAAUGAAGAUGGUGGAACUAUCUGUAGCCUGGACCAAGGCCUUGCCAUUGUUCAGUGUAAAUGGUGUUUUGCGAGGGCAACUGCUGGAGACAUCGGAACAACCAGAGUGUGGUUUGGAGAAAGCAAGGGUGGAAUAGAGACCCUGGAGGGAACCCUGAACGCCUUCAGGAAACACUGGGUCAUAGAUGAAGGACCAAAGCCUUGCAGAUAG